ACUGUCGAAUUUAAUUACUCUGGAGAUCUUCUUGCAACUGGAGACAAGGGCGGCAGAGUGGUUAUAUUUCAGAAGGAACAAGAGCUCAUGCAUGGCGGUGCUGGUCUUGAAGCUGCUUGGCCUGGGAUAUCAGAGGAGGCUCAGUCUGCAGUUUCCUAAUAAAAGCCGUCCUCAUUCUAGGGGCGAAUAUAAUGUUUACAGUACCUUUCAAAGUCACGAACCUGAAUUUGACUAUCUGAAAAGUCUAGAAAUUGAGGAAAAAAUUAAUAAGAUUAGGUGGUUACCGCAACAGAAUGCUGCUCACUUCCUGCUGUCUACUAACGAUAAAACUAUUAAAUUAUGGAAAAUCAGUGAACGAGAUAAGAGAGCAGAAGGUUAUAACCUGAAAGAUGAAGACGGGAGACUCCGAGACCCUUUCAGAAUCACAGCACUACGGGUUCCCAUACUGAAGCCCAUGGAUCUGAUGGUAGAAGCCAGUCCUCGAAGGAUAUUCGCCAACGCACACACCUAUCACAUCAACUCCAUUUCUGUCAACAGUGAUCAUGAGACAUACCUCUCUGCCGAUGACCUGAGAAUCAAUCUGUGGCACUUAGAAAUCACAGACAGAAGCUUUAACAUUGUCGAUAUUAAGCCUGUGAACAUGGAGGAAUUGACGGAAGUGAUCACCGCUGCAGAAUUCCACCCACGUCAGUGUAACGUGUUUGUGUAUAGCAGCAGCAAAGGGACCGUCAGGCUCUGUGAUAUGCGCUCCUCAGCCUUGUGUGACAGGCAUUCCAAGUUUUUUGAGGAGCCUGAAGAUCCCAGCAGUAGGUCAUUCUUUUCAGAAAUCAUUUCUUCAAUAUCUGAUGUGAAGUUUAGUCACAGUGGCCGAUACAUGAUGACCAGAGACUACCUUUCAGUCAAAGUGUGGGAUCUCAACAUGGAAACCAGGCCUGUGGAGACAUAUCAGGUUCACGAAUAUCUCCGGAGCAAGCUUUGUUCUCUCUAUGAGAAUGACUGCAUCUUUGACAAGUUUGAGUGCUGCUGGAAUGGCUCUGAUGGCGCCCUCAUGACUGGGUCAUACAACAAUUUCUUCAGAAUGUUUGACAGAAGCACUCGGAGGGAUGUUACUUUGGAAGCCUCAAGAGAAAGCAGCAAACCUCGGGCCAUCUUAAAGCCUCGCAAAGUGUGUACUGGGGGCAAGAGGAAGAAGGAUGAGAUCAGCGUGGACAGUCUGGACUUUAACAAAAAGAUCCUCCACACGGCAUGGCACCCCCUCCAGAAUAUCAUCGCCGUCGCAGCCACCAACAACUUGUACAUAUUCCAGGACAAAGUCAACUAGAGACACAUCUGGGGACAUUGUCUUACUCCUGCCUUGGGAAGCCCGGUCGCUUUUCUGUUCAAAGAAAAGACAUUCUUGUCCUCUCCAUGAAGAGCACUGAUGCACUCACGUCCCUUGAUAGGUAAAGGAAAGAAGCUGGCCUGGUUUGGGUUCAGGGGGUCAUUCUGCCUUCACUGAGGUGGGAAGAAGCCAUGAGAAGCAAGGUUGGUGGACAGUGCUCGGUAAAGGCCUUUAUCCAAGUCUGAGCCUUCCUUUCUAGUUUAUAGACCAAAAAUCCAGCACUCAAGAGAAAAGCUGUCAAAGCUCUUUCUUUUUCUCUUGCUCUCUCUUUUUUCUCUGUGCUGUAAUAUUUGGGCCUUUCAGAACAUAUAUUGUGCGUUAUGACGAUACAAACAUUCCUUCUCUGGCCUUCGUCUGGAUCUCGGGUGAUUUUACCAUUGGAUGCUUAGGUCGGGCUUGAGUUGGGUCCGGCAGCAGGUUUUUCAUGUGUAUUUACUCUCCCACUGUAUUUAAUCACACCUUCUGGUGUAACCACUUAAUAAAAAUAAGAAACUAUAAAAGGUGUUUUGAAAUCUG